CUCCACCACAACCCUCCAACGCAGCCGCACGCCGCUGCUUCCAACUGCCUUCACACACAACACUCCUCCCUCUUCGCACGCCAGCGCGGCUCUCGGCAUCAUGGGUGGCGGCGAUCUCAACAUGAAGAAGUCGUGGCAUCCCCUGCUGCACACCAACCGCGAGAAGGUGUGGAAGCAGGAAAAGGCCGCGCUUGAGGAGCGGCGCAAGGUCGAGGAGCUGCGCCGCGAGCGCGACCAGGAGCGCGAGAUGCAGGAGCUGCAGCGCAUCCAGGAGGCGGCGGGAGGCAAGAAGCGCAGCGAGAAGCUCGAGUGGAUGUAUGCCACGCCGGCGACGGGCGCAGGUCCGAGCGCCAACGAGCUCGAGGACUACCUGCUGGGCAAGAAGCGCAUCGACAAGCUGCUGCAGCAGGACGAGACGGCAAAGGUCUCGGCAAGCGACACCACCGGCCCCAUCGCGCAGCAAAACGCCAAUACGGCGCGCGACCUGGCGGCAAAGGUGCGCCAGGAUCCGAUGAUGGCCAUCAAGGCGCAAGAAGCGGCGGCGUAUCAGGCGCUGCUGAAGGAUCCGGCGCGCCUCAAGGCACUGAGAGCACAGCGCGAGAGGGAGCAAGGCGGCGGCAAGGAAGAGACAAAGGAGGAGAGAAGACGGAGAAAGGAGGAGAAGAGGAGAAGACGGGAGGAGGAGAAGUAUGGCUCUUCCUCUUCGCGCCCUCGCGAGGGUGCAUCGUCGUCGCGCCAUGACGACCGCAGCGAGCGCAACGAACGACACUCGUACUCACGCCGAGACGACUACGAAUCCGAGCGCGAUCGCCACGCGCGUCGUAGCGGCGACAGCGAGCGUGGCGAGUCCACGUCGCGCCGGCGCGACUCGCGCGAGUACUCUCCUUCGCGCACCGCCCGUCGCUCGCCGUCGCCCGCGCGCUAUCGCAGCGAGGAGCGCCAACGAGAGCGCUCGCCUGCACGUCGGCACUACAAUGAUGAACGCGAGCUUUCUCGACACUCUCCGCCCCCUCGUCGCCACGACGACGAGCGCCGCGCUGCGCCGCCGCCGCCGCCGCGCGAGGGGCGCGAGGAGCGCUACGCCGGCAAUAGCAGCAGUGGCUAUGCUGCGCACGGCGGCGGCCACAACAACGGCUACCACAAUGGUGGCCGCGCUGCUGCCUACGCUCCUCGCGGCGGCGGCGCACACGUCGAGCGUCGGGCCUACGUCGCGCCGGCGCCUGCAACCCGUGUACAAGACAGCGCCGCCGAGCGCGAGGCCAAACUGGCCGCCAUGGCGUCGAACGCGACGGCGCUGUCGGCGGAGCGCAGUGCCUACCUGGCGCGCGUCGAGGCCGAAGAGUCGGCCGAGGCGGCGCACGAAGAGGCGCUGCGCGCCAAGCUGGCGGCGCAGCGAGGCAAGAGCGGCGAGGGCAAGGGCAGCUUCUUGAUGGCGCAGCAGCGCAGGACCUUUGGCGUCGACGGCGAGGCGGAUCUGGGAGAGAGGAUGAAGAGAGGCAGAGAGGGACUGCAGCGCAUGGCGGCGGACUAGGCAGCGAGCAGAGAGACCCUCAAGCAUGGCGAGGGAAAGGGAGGAAAAGGAGUGGGGAGGGGGGAGCAAUGUCACACGUGUCUAGCG